AUGGCUGAAAUCGUUGAUGAUAUCUUUCAGGACAGCACUCCGACCAUCGUCGAUUGCGACAUCCUUGAGGCAGCAAAGGAAAAUGUUCAGCCACUGGCAUCUGGACGACGCGUUACUUCCCUCUCAGCUAUACUUGCUACUCCCCACGCCGCUCGCGAAGCAAAGCUCUCCGCCACGCGAAAUCGCCUUAGGGUCAAUGUCGAACUCGCCUUAGAAGAUCCCGAAGACGAUCCACUUGAAGCUUAUUGCCGUUUUGUAUAUUGGACUGUCGACAACUAUCCUCAAGGCCAAAGCGCUGAAUCUGGUCUGCUCGAAUUGCUUGAAGAAGCCACAAGGGUGCUCAAAGACGACAGAGAUGGCGUGUGGAGAGGGGAGCUCAAGUACUUGAAAUUAUGGGUGCUAUACGCUAGCUUCGUCGAGAAGCCAAGUGUAGUAUACAAGUUCAUGUUGGUCAAUGAUAUCGGGACGAACCACGCGCUAUUUUACGAAGAGUACGCGUUGGUAUUGGAAAGAGAUGGAAGACGGAAUGCUGCGGAUGAGAUAUACAUACUGGGCGUGGCUCGACAGGCUGAACCAUUGGAUCGACUGCUUAUUCGAUAUCGAGAAUUCCAGAAACGAAUGAUGACCGCUGCCCCUUUGCCAAGCAUACCGACCCCACCUCCCACAACCAUCCCUGCACCGAAACGCGUCGCUUUGCGAACGACAGUCAUGACCGCGUCGACUCCCGCAUCGAGACCACCGCCUGCGCCAUCUUCAUCUCGUCCCAAUGGAAAAUUACAAGUAUUUGUUGAUCCCACCGGCGAAGAACCUGAGGCAGCAGAAGGAAACGCUUGGUCAGACCUCGGAACUCGAAAGACUCGCAUCAAAGAGAAUGCGCCUGAGACGCAGAAGAUGACUGGGACAAAGAUAAAGCAAUCAGGCAAGACGCAACGAUUGGCCACCGCUGCGUCUGCAACAUCGUCUACUAAAUUCGUUCCCUUCCGUGACCCAGCGCCUGGUGAUUCUGGAAACAUGCCCCCGCCUCCAACCAUCCCCCCGGCGAAAUCAAAGGGCAAGGGCAAAGAGGUCAAACUAUCAUCGAAAGGAAAAUUUGUACCCUUCAAGGACGAUGAACCUCAGGCAUUGCCACAAACACCAGCAAAGCCAUCAUUUGUCCCUUUCAAAGAUGACGACGGUGGAGGAUCAUUCACUCCUUUCCGUGAUGAGCCGGCUUCGACAGCACGUCCAGCUGCCCCUGAUACAGUGAUGAAGGUGAAGAAGGCUGGACCAGAGGGUUCAUCUAUCAGUAGCGAAGCUGAAGCACUACGGAGGGACCCUCUCAAGAAUUAUGGGUCUGUAGCCGAUCUGAGCGACGACUGA